AUGUGCCGAAAAAAAUUUUUACCAUCCGUUGUCAAUCGUCUAAGAUUAGUUGAAACACUAUUUUCUGUAUUUGAUCUUGAUCAAGGUGGUGAUCUGGUUCGGUACGUCGAAGAAGAAGCAGUUCGAGUUAAAAAAUGGUCAAAUUAUAUACCAGUCGCAGAAAGUUUACAAGAAAACCUGCUGAAAUUCGUUCAGAAAGGUAUUGAAGGCAAUGACAAAUCAGCGAAACAUUAUCCAGAUUCAGUAAAUUCAACCAGAAAAGUCAGAUUAGAACGCGAUGCAUCAGGAACAAGCCAGUUACGUGUUAAAUUAUUUCCACCAACAGCUCGUUCAAAUCAAAAAGAAUCGAAAUCAGCACAAGAACCACGUGAUGUGAUAUUAUUGGAUCGCCAUGAUACAAUCCAACUGAUUAUCGAAAAAGCAAUUGAACAUCGUUUGGCAAACAAUAAUGAAACAAUGUCACCUGGUCGUAUGUACAAGAUUCUGAAACGUGAUUAUUUCAUCAGCUUAGAAACAAUCGAUUUCGUUUUCAAAAUACUGUAUUUAUAAAAGCGUUUUUAUUCUUUCAAAAACGAAUUCGUUUCGUUUGUUUUAGAGAUGAUCAAAAAUUGAAUCUAUUUACAAUUGAAAAUGCCCAAGCAAAGCAACAGCAA